AUGGUGUACCUCAAGACGCUAGUCGCCGCCGCCGCCGGUGCGGGCCUGGCCCAAGCUUCACUUUCCGGCCUCGACAAGAUCCCUCCUCUGGGCUUGGGAACAUGGCUAUCGGACAAGAGCAAGGUCGCCAGCGCCGUGUCCUUUGCCGUGGGCGAGGUGGGCUACAACCACAUUGACGCCGCUCUCAUCUACAGAAACGAAGAUCAGACCGGCAAAGGCAUCGCCGACUCAGGCGUCGCCCGCAAAGAUCUCUGGGUCACCAGCAAACUCUGGAACACAGACCACCGCGCCGAACGCGCCUCCGCCGCCAUCAAAAAGUCCCUUGCGGAUCUCGGCGUAGACUACCUCGACCUUUACCUCAUCCACUGGCCCGUCGCCUUCGUCCCCGACGACCCCUCCAACAAGCUCGACCGCGAGACCACCCUGGUCGACACCUGGAAGACGCUCGAGGGCUUCGUCCGCGCCAACCUCACCCGCCACAUUGGCCUCUCCAACUUUGCCAAAGCCGACGUCGAGACCAUCCUCGCCGCCGCCGAGAUCAAGCCCUACGCGCACGAGUUCGAGACCCACCCAUACCUCCAGCAGCAAGACUUUGUCGACUGGCACAAGGAAAAGGGCAUCGAGGUCAUUGCCUACGCCCCGCUCGCCAACACGAACCCCACCUACGGCGACGACCUGCCCGCCAUCUACCAGGACAAGUUCUGGGUCGACGUCGCCGCCAAGAAGGGCGUCUCCGUCUUCCAGGCCGUGCUGGCGUGGGGUGUCCAGCGCGGCACCAGCGUGAUUCCCAAGAGCACAAAGGACUCGCACAUCAUUUCCAACCGCAAGGCGCUCGAGAUUGAGUUUACCGAGGAGGAGCUCAAGGAGGUUGGGAAGCAGGAUAAGAAGCACCGCUUGAGCAACCCUGGGUCCAAGUGGGGUGUCAAGCUGUUUGCUGACUUGGAUGACCCUGGCAGGAAUGAGGAAGAGAAGAGCGAGGAACUCUAA